AUGGUCGCAAACAAAGUGCAUUAUAGGCAUUUAAUGCCUUUCUUUUUCCAGAAAGGCAAACAUGCCACACAAACAACAAACGAGAUAUGCGAAGUUUAUGGCGAAGGUGCUGUAGCCGAAAGAACUGUGCGGAAAUGGUUUGCUCGGUUUAAGACUGGAGAUUUUGAGCUUGAAGAUCAAAAACGCUCGGGUAGGCCGUCCACCACGGACAAAAAUGUGAUUAAAUCGAUAAUCGAGGAUAAUCCGCGCUUUACCUUACGUCAACUAGCGGACAUGAUGAACAAAUCGAAAUCAAGUAUCCACGAGCAUGUUACGAAGCUUGGUUACAUAAAUCGGUAUGAUGUAUGGGUUCCCCACGAACUGACGGAGAAGAAUUUUACGGAUCGCAUCUCCAUUUACGAUUCUCUGUACAAGCGGAAUGAGGAGACGCCAUUUCUCACGUAA